AUCGACGGAACGCUGUGCAUCACCGGCCACUAUCUGAUCCUCAGCACCCGGAAGGAAGGGGCUCGAGAGCUGUGGCUUCUCCACCAGAACGUGGAUAUCGUUGAACGAAAGCCAAACAUCACCAACAACAUUUUGGAAGGUGGCGUUAUAAUUCUGAAAUGCAAAGACCUUCGAAUCAUCCAGCUGCGUAUCAACAGCCCCCAGGAGUAUUUCAACAUUUCCAACUCGAUAGAGCAGUUGUCGAAUCUGGAGGAAACGAAGAAGUUGUAUCCCUUCUUCUACAUUCCCAUGUACAGUGUGAUGCAGGACGGUCACACGGAGUACGCCGUCGAGACGGAAUUCGCGCGGCAACUCCGCGACCAGGACGAUUGUUGGAGGCUGUCCACCGUGAAUCAGGAUUUUCUCGUUUGUCCCAGCUAUGGGCAGAAGGUUGUGGUACCGAAAUGUAUUACGGACGAACAGUUAAUCCAAUCGGCUGCCUUCCGAGAUGGUGGUCGUUUUCCUGUCCUUGCCUAUAGACACUCGAAUGGGGCUGUGCUGUUUCGGUGUUCCCAGCCAUUGGCAGGACCCGGAGUGAAACGAUGCCGCGCCGACGAAGCUAUUCUGAACUCGGUUGUCGAACCGGGCGGUAAGAAGGGAUGCAUUUUUGAUACCUGGGGAAAAACAAAAUCCACCAACACAGAAGUCGAACCACAUUAUCCCCAGUGGAGGGUACUAAACAGACCCAUUGGACCCCUGUCCAGCUCGAUUUCCGUUCUCUUGGACAGUUUCUGUAAGCUGAUGGAGGCGUGCAACGAUCUGAACUCAAGCUCCGACAAGUGGCUUUCCCGGUUGGAUGCCUGCGGGUGGCUAAGCUACGUCUUGAAUGCGAUGAAUGUUUCCUGCACCGUGGCCCAGUGCUUAGCUAUGGAAGGUGUUCCGGUGGUGCUGCAUGGAGGCAAAGGACUGGACACCCCACUCAUCAUCAGCUCGAUAACGCAAAUCAUUCUAAAUCCCGACUGCAGGACAAUAAAAGGGCUACAAGCUUUAAUCUUUCGGGAGUGGCUUCAGGCCGGGUUUCCCUUUUCGACCCGGCACAAGCACUCUUGCUACACGCCUGCUUCGCAGCGCCACAAAACCUCGAGUGCCACGUUUGUUCUUUUUCUGGAUUGUGUGUAUCAGCUAUUCCAUCAGUUUCCAGGAAGUUUCGAGUUCGAUUCACGCUAUUUGGUGAUGUUGUUCGAGCACAGUUACUGCAGCCAGUAUGGAACAUUCCUGGGCGAUAGCGAACGGGAACGUACCGAACUGCGAGUACGGGAACGCACCACUAGUCUUUGGAGUCAUAUCAACCGACCGGAAGUGAUCGAUACCCUGCUCAACCCGAUGUAUGUACCGAACAUGACGGUUAUUUGGCCUUCGGUAGCUCCUCUCAGUCUCACGCUCUGGUCCGAGCUAUAUCUCCGUUGGGUUGUCGACCAAUCCCAGUCGAAGUCUUUUCGAACGGGUAUGCAGAUGAUCGUGUCCGAGGAAAGGGAACUCGAAAGCAGGGUCCGCAAAAUGCGACGGGAGCUGUCGGAACUGCAACGCGAAUUCCAUCGAUUGAAGGAGGAGGAAAGUCUACUAGUUGACACCGAGGACGAAAUCGACGACAAUGAAAACUGCUGCCGUAAUCGCGGUCACCGCAAACCAUGUUUUGCCAGCCGAGCUCCACGUAAACCAUUAUAGCGUCGCCAUUUCUGGACCGAUUUCAAUGGUAAACAGUGAAAAAGAUAC